AAUGAAGAGCGAACGAUGCCGAAGCACGUCGCUUACGGCCCAUCACUUCUUUACUUUGCUUAAUUUUGUUGUUUUACUGAUCGCUGCAACCUCGCUCUUCUGUAAUAUGUAUCUGCUUCGAAGAGAAAUCGAGUCUGUGAAGACCGAUGUUCGUCCACUGUUGGAGAGACACAAGGAAAUGUCUUCGCGGCAAUCUGCAGACAUAGUUUUCAGGUCGCGGAAUAUUCGUCAGUUGGAUGAAGGAGGGGGAGGCCAUGGAAUGAUGAGUGUAGCCCCUAGCCCAAAUGACACAGGGAACGGUCAUGGCGGAAUGAUGACGGUAGCGCCUGGGCCGGAUGACGGAGGAGGUAGUCAUGGCGGAAUGAUAACUGUAGCCCUUAGACCUGAUGGCCGAGGAGGAGGACAUGGGGGAAUGACGACAUCAGCCCCUGCACCAGAUGAAGGAGGAGGCGGUCAUGGGGGAAUGAUGACUGUAGCCCCCGGACCUGAUGGCGGAGGGGGAGAUCAUGAGGGACUGACGACAUCAGCCCCCCCACCAGAUGAAGGAGGGGGUGGUCAUGGCGGAAUGAUGACUGUAGCUCCUGGACCAGAUGACGGGGGAGGUGGUCAUGGCGGAAUGAUGACUGUAGCCGCCGGACCUGAUGGCGGAGGGGGAGGUCAUGGGCUGAUGACGGCCGCCACCGGCUCACAUAACCAAGGAGCCAGUGCGAUUACUGAACCUCCACAAGCAAGAGAGCAACGAAGCAGUACUACUGGGCUGCCAGGAAGGGAAACUACAACGCAGGGGGCUGAUCAAACGACGGUGACUGCCCCAAAUGCUGGACUGAAUCAACCGAGCACUGCCAAGCCGACUGUAGGUAAGUGAAGGGAUUAAACAACAGAAAUCUAUGAACUCCUGACCAGUAAUGCGCAAACUAUAAUACGCAACGUGUUGAGACAUGGUUUUAUUGACCGCCACUGCAGGGGGCUUGGGGAGGGGGAGUAUGUCCAUUUUGCACGAUUAAAUUGUAGUAAACAAGUGUUUUUUUGUGAUACGAGACAAAGAUACCUUUCCGCAGCUGCUGUGUUGGAGAGAAUAAUUGACUACAAAGAGAGUGAUUCGCAUUGCCUUUCAGAAUAAACACAACUGUAUUUGAUCUGAUCCAAGGCGGUAAACAUUCAUAAACGAUCAGCGAGACGAAAAGCAUAAAUCCUCAAUAAAAUCACAUGCAAAUGUUCUUGACGUGUUCUCGACGUAACAAUUCUGACACGUGACCGCUGACCGGAAAAUCUUAGAAGUAUCUAAAUGUCCGUUCUGCUUUCCAAACUAUUUGACAACUUUAAUUCGUAUUAAUUUAACUACCAAAAAAAUGCGUUAUAUGUUGUGAAUUUGUUUCUAGAUCCAGUGGGUAAGGAGCAGGCGCCGGUAACAAGCGAAGGAAUGAACAAAACAAUUGAGCUGUAUUUAGCAGAGUACGCGAGGAAACACCUUGGUAAGCCAUGCACUAACCAGUGCACCGAAUUCAAAUUUCCCCGACUUUUUUUAAUUUCGCCAUAGCUCGAAUGACCAAACAUCUAUUGAACGAAACGGCUUGUAAAUUAAUGGCAAUUAAGCACUAGAGACGACUCAGAGAAAUGUUAUUUUACCGAGAGCUCCUAAUCGAUCUAUGAGAUUCCCUAAAAGCGGACCUAUUGUUUUGCUCAACUACUGCAGUAGGAGAUAUAGGGCAUGGGCCACCAAGGUCCCCAUCUUAUUUUCAUGCAAAACUGAAGCCCUCAAUCCAGGAUCCCACCCCACCUCCCCCGCCCCUCUUAUCUUGGGAUGAAUGGGUCCCCAACUUACGUCAUGAGUGCAUGGAAUAACUUAUGGUAUUCGAUGCUUUCUCUUGACAAUCCUUGAAUAUCGCACUCAAGGCAAACCAGUCAAAUUAAAGUAUUAUGAACAUGUAUGAUUACGAUGUUUGCUAUCUCGUUUUUAGGGCCCAUGUUUGUGCCUGGUGCCACUGCACCUGAUGAAAAUCCUCUGAAGUCAUUUGUUGAUCAGUCAGUGUCAACUGCUCUAAUCAAAUACUUUGAAGACAAGGGGGACCCAGGUAUUCAAGUCAAUAAUAGUCCCAAAAGUGUUUCAACGCUUAGAACAAACUGCGCCAUCCCUAGUAAGAAACUUGCACGGAAACGGAAUUUCAGGAGAUUGACGAUCGUUUUGCGACUUUAUUACUCUAUUUUUUAUUUUCAUUUCUAUUUUUUCUGAACUUUCCAAGUGCAUGCACAGGUGAAGAAUGAGCCAAUGUUAUAAAGGAGCCCAUCACCUACUGACGUUACCAGAAAUGCGUUAAUCGCAAAAAACUCGUGAUAUGUAAUAGACUAGCAGUAAGAACAAGGGGAAAAAAGCCAAGGGAAAGCCAAAACAAAACGAAAAAAUAUACAAGAAAGAAAACAACAUCUUAGCCAAGAGUCGAACCUGGACCGGGCGUCUCCCUUCGUCGCUCUCGGUCUCGCGCCCAUACAUAUUUCUUUCCCCUGCUCUUCUGAACGCCUGCAACGCAGGCUAUAGAACUGUGAAUAACAGGUCACUUAAAAAAUAACUAAAAACUUGCAGGCUAAAAGCUCAACUAUUCUGUAAAGCUUACAUAGAUCCGUUCACAGGUUUAGACGUGUCAUGCUGGCUUGGCUAUAGUUUUCUACACAAACCUCCAACAGUACACUUAAAUGGUCCAAAACGUUUGUUUCUCUUUGAGUUACCUACUUAACACUGUCAUUUUCUCUUUGUAGACGUUCAAACAAUCCCAGGUCCUCCUGGACCCCAAGGUCUUCAAGGUCCUGCGGGUCCCCCAGGGAUACAAGGUCCUCCGGGUAUUCCGGGGGCAUCUGGUCCUGCUGGUGCAGCAGGAUACCCCGGAGCAUCAGGUUCUCCCGGACCUCCCGGAGCCCCUGGUGCCGCUGGAAAUACCGGCCCACCAGGACCUCCGGGACGUCGUGGCUUACGUGGUCUUCCUGGACCCCCUGGACCUCCUGGUACUGGGGGAACAACACCAGUGGUUCAGCCAAGGCAGCCAAAUCAAGGAUCUCAAGAGCCUGUGCAAAAAGGACCAUCCUUAGAAGGAUUUUGUAAGUUGAUGUUUGAUAUGUUGUUUACUAUUUUGAAGUGUUAUUUGAAGUUCGAUUUGAAAUCACACAAAGUAUGAUUUCUGACCAAACCUGCGCGACACGAAGUUCGAUUACCACUUUUUUACAGGCAUUUUGACAUCGCAGAAUUCAGGAAGUAAGGCAAUAUUUUAUACCCCCGAGCAAGCUCUCCGGGGCGCUAGCUAAAUAUUUUAUUGAUCAAGUAGCCGGUUUAUCGGAAAAGUGGCAACAAAAAGGUUUUUUGAAACAGAAAUGGUGCGAUAUAGAGCAAAAAUGGAGUGAUUUAAAUCAGAUUGAUGUGAUUAGUACAUGAAUUAUGUGAGUUAGAACAGAUGUGAUUUAGAGCAAAAAAUAGUUUGAUUCGUGAAUAAAUCACAUUGCUGAGAGCCAAUCAGACUGCAGUUAUAACCAGUCAUUUCAAAAUUUGUAUAAUAAAGUAUAAUAUGGUCAACUUCCGAUGUAAAGAAUUGAAACUGAUUUGUGUUGCUUUUCAAUUUUCACUUCUUAUUUUAGCCAAACCCAACAUUACUACUAGGCCAAAACAACCUGACCCAGCCACAAAAGGAGAUAUGAUACAGCUGCAAUGUUUGGCUCAUGGCACUCCAAAACCGGAAAUUAUCUGGAUAAAGAAGAAUAGCGGAAGAGCUGUCAUCGGAAGUAACUUUAUUCUGGAGUCCGCUCUCCCAGAGGACUCUGGGAUAUGGACGUGCAGGGCGAGUAACUUAAUGGGUACUGACACCGCUGAUGUUGAGAUCGUCGUCGCAAGUGAGUGGUUUUACAUACAAGUUAGGACUAGUUUUCAUCCUGAAUUUUUUUUAAAAGGUGAAGUUAGGCGUCGGCCCAUUGACCCACCAGCUUGUUGAGAUAUACAUAGUUGUACUCUCGUUUUUUUUUUUGUGCUUACAAUGAAGAUGAAAAGAGAGCUUGCUUAUACUGAAUAGGCACUCUUCAUUUUUUUUUUCUAAUAAUAAUGCAAUUCGCUUGUUUUAAUCAAAACGAACGAAAGUGGCAACGAGCAACAUUUGACUGCACCAGCAAUUGUCUUGACUGAACUUGUGAAUAAACUGCAUCCUGAGGGCCACUCUGAAUCUUGCUAUCGAUGCAGCUUGAUGGAGGCUCCUUCUUCUUCAUAAUGAACAUUUUCUGUUCAUUGUUUUUUUUACUGUUGUUUUUAGCGGAACCUAAGUUUACCAUCGCCCCAGUUCCCAAGAUAACGGCUUUUACGGAACAAGUCACAGAAAUUAAAUGUGCCGUGGAAGGUUUUCCGACACCAAAAAUCGAGUGGCGUCGCCAAGGAAACAAGGAACUUCCGCGCGGAAGACACUACAUUUACAAUAACAACCUUUUCUUGCGUAAUCCAAUCAAGGAGGAUGAAGACAUUUACAUGUGUCACGCGGAAACUCCAGUCGGGUCUGUGAUGGGCGGUACAGAAGUCACGGUUCUAACGUAUGGUGAGUGCGCCUUUUUGCUACCUUUUUCAUAAUUGUAGCCUUAAUACACAUUGCAAUAAACAUCCAUACAAAAAUUAGGAAAAAAAAAAAGAGUUAAGCAUUCAUCAGAAAAUCAUCAAGUGAGUUAUCAUUUCACACAUUUUUAAAUGAUCUAACAGAGGCCCACGAGGUAAAUAACCAGAUACCUGCUGCACAGUCAUAAAUAAUUAUUAUAGCUGUUGUGUGAAGUACUACGGCUGACACAAGCAGUUAUUACUGAGAGAUUAAGAAUCACGUUUAUGCCAAAUAACAAAAGUAAAUUUGUACCACGUGACUUAAUUGUCGCUUUCUGUUUAUUACUUCGUUUACUCAACAAUAAGUUGUUUCACACCAGUUUCAUCCAUAAGAAUUGUCCUCGACAGUUCUUAUUUUCUAUUCUGAGAAAUUCUCGUCUUGAAUCUGACGUUUUCCUUUUCAAGUUGCCGUAAACGUGACUCUUAAGCUUUCUGCGGGAGGAGAAGUUAAGAGCGGGAUAGAGACGCAUUAAUUACCGCAUCCAAUGAAACUCAUAAUACGCCUGCCUACAGCUGACUCUACGCUGUCAUCAGUUCAAGUCGAGUUAGAAGUGACGUUUUAUAUGCAGAAUUUUGUUAUUAUUCCUCCUCCUCCUCCUGUCUAUUCUAUAUUAGAGACCUUUAGAUGCGAGGACAAGAACGACUACCAGUACGAGAUUUGACUGGAAGUUUUUUCGCGGACGUACUCUCAAAAAAUGGACACCCCGAAAAGCUUCUUUGGUACCUUUUUGAUUCACCAAAAAAGUUCGCACUGUUAUCUUUAUUGAAGGAGAUUACGUCCUCUUCCGAUUGCAAAAUGACAAAAGUACUAACAUUUGAUAACUUGUUUCCGCUACUACGACAUUCUCACCAAGACUCGUAGAAGAAUGACGACGGCUAACACGUUUUCCCGCCAAAAUGACGCUAGUUCACGCACACGCACUGCUUACUGCCGAGAAAAUCCCCUGCUCUUAGUCGUUCUCUUUUGAGAAUCUAAAGGCCUCUAAUCUCUGAAUGACUCCUAUAUAAAAAUAUUCACUGCAAAAGGGGUGUAUUCAUCAUUCAGAAACUUAAAUCUUUAUUUCCUGGGAUUGUUUUUAGAGCCUGUGCAAGUUGUUUCUGUCCCAAAAAGUGUAGUAACAGUUAAAGAUUAUGAUGCCCCUUUGCGCGUCAACUGCUCUGCUAGAGGCGUUCCUCAACCGAACAUCACGUGGUAUAAAGACGGCGUCGCCAUGCCGACAAGAACAAUUAUUGACGGUGAUGAAGUUAUUGCAGAAUUGAACCUGGAGCGCCUGAGGCCUUCUGAACAAGGCGACUACAAAUGCGUUGGUUUUACGUCAUUGCGUCCAGAGGAUCCUUUCUCGUACACUACAAAAAUUCGUAAGUAUUCCAUUUUCCAUUGUUUUUGUACAUAAGAAUAUGUUGAGAUAAGACAAAGAAAAAAAUAAAUAUAUUUAGUAAAAUCCAACCAGUGAUCUAUUAUCAAUGCUGCGUUCUGAUUGGUUCAGCUACUACUAGGCUAUAUGGUAUAGCCCACUAGUAGCGAAAAGCGCCGGCUUUGAAAACCAAAACAAUGGCGCUAAAUCGCGUUUUGCUUGCUAAAGUUGUUUUGUCUCGAUAUUUUUGACCAACUAGUUGGAUUUUUUUUCUUGAGCCCAUUCGGGUUCGAGGAAUAAUUGUUAAAUAUUUAAACUAGGAAAAAAAAAACACAAAAAAACAACAACAACAAAAACAAGAAAACUAACACAGAGGCAGAUAAUGUUGAGUCUCCUCCUCACUGACAGGUUUACCUUGGCUUACUCAAUAUCUGGAAUGAAAUCGAUAGUACAUAUAUAUGACAACUCUUAACUCUUAAGUGCAAACUAAAAAGGAACAUCUCUAGUACUCGUGUCUGGCGUUUAGCUAUUCCAUUUAUUGUUCUAGUUUAGACUUGCUGUGUAAAAGCGUGGUUGUUUUCUUGUAUAACAGGUGUAACAAAAUUGUUUUAUUAUUAUUAUUAUUAUAUUUAUUUACGUUGUUGUAUAGCGAGGGUGUAGGCUCUUAAACUUUCUUGUUUUUUUUUUAUUAUUAUUAUUUUAAUUAAGAUCCAGAAACAGGCUAGUUUUCAGGUAAAAAAAAAAGGCGUGAGGAAGACUUCUUUGAUUGUCAAUGUGCGCUCACUAAAUCUACAGCUGAGAUUUUUUUUCUUGUAUUUCUUAUCAUUGGUUGUUUGUUUGUGUGUUUGUUUGUUUUUCAUCCACAAAGAGCUCAAACAGUGCCGUGAACUAGCAAACCCGGUGGACGGUUACAAAAUAUCUGACGGCGAAGGUUCCCCUGUGGUGGGUAGUAUCGUGCGCUUUGCUUGUAAUCCUGGAUGUAUGUUAUACGGAUCGUCUGCGAGGGUAUGUGGCAAAAAUGGCCGAUGGAGCGGAACUCAGCCUUACUGUAAGUUUGGAAACAUGAUUGGGGAAAAAUAG